CGUAAUUCGGAUCUUUUAGAGUUUUUAGAUUCGUGCAAGGUGCCGGGUUAUCAAGGUCAGUGAAGCAUUAUGCAAAAGAAAGUCGCUAUUAUUGGAGCUGGAGCUGCAGGCUUAACUGCAAUCAAGUGCUGUUUAGACGAAGGUCUCGAACCAGUCGCUUUCGAAUCAGAUCCAUGGCUUGGAGGCGCUUGGAAGUACACGGAACUCUCAGAAGAAACCGAACGAAGAGGCUGUGUGUUUUACUCUACGAACACCAACACCAGCAAGCACACGAGCUGUUAUAGCGAUUUUCCUAUGCCUAAAGACUGGCCAAACUACCUUCCACAGCAAAAGUAUCUCGAGUAUUUUCAACUUUAUGCCAAACAGUUCCGACUGGAAGAGAAGAUUCGUUAUGAGUCAAAAGUCACGUCAGUGGAGCCAUGCACGGAUUUCAAUCAGUCUGGUCGAUGGCGAGUGCAUUAUUUGGAUAAGAAACUAGGCAAGGAAAGAACGGAGGAGUUCGACUUUGUUAUGGUUUGUACUGGAGUGAAUUGGGACCCUCGAAUGCCGCACAUUCCAGGCAUGGAUACGUUCAAUGGUGACGUCAUUCAUAGUAAGGAGUACAGGACAUGGAAGAAGUUUGAAGGAAAGAGAGUAGUAGUGGUGGGCUUUGGAAACUCUGCAGGUAUUUAAAGAUAUUUGAUUAGUAAAUGGAUUGGCUUAAUAUUUUAUUCAAUUUAAAUGAAAGAAUUAUGUUAAGUCUGGUUUUCAUUUACCCUCCUACCAACCUUCUACAUAGCUGCUAGCACCCCCUCUGACAACCCCCUCCCCCGCGUCCGGUGCCUGAUUCAAAUCUACAUACCUUGUAUAGUGCAGUGCGGGUACACACCAAGUACUACCGUACUGUACCAUCAUAUGGGAAAACCAUACCCAAUUCCAGACCAAAAUGGGCAAAGUGUAUACCCAUUUUCAGACCAAAACAGCGCAAAAAACCUACUCAAUGGGGCGGCACAUACCUAUAUGGCAUAUAUAAGGCAGUAUCCCCCCCCUCCCCAGAACUGUUAGUCAUUUGAACAUAGUGCGAUCUUUAAAAGCUGAAGAUAAAACCUCAUUUACCUUCACCUUGGCAAACUGUUGCAAUGUAACCCUAAAAGGUAACAAGGCUCCAGGCAAAUUGAUUGUUGACUACCUACUUUCAUAUAAUUUGUAGCAAAUCUGUGCAAUGCAAAUUAUUUUAAUCUGUGGUCAUAUUGAAGCAGAGCACUUACCAGUAAUUCAGUGAAAUCCACUCCUAAACCUUUACAUUAUGUUAUCUCUAGGGGACAUUGCCUGCGAGCUAAGUCACCAUGCAUCACAGGUUUAUCUGAGUGUUCGUAGUGGUGGUUGGAUAGCUUCUCGUUUGGCGGACAGGGGAGUACCAGGAGAUUGUACUUUCUUGAGCAGAUUUAUUCAGGCAAUUCCAUUAUCGAUCCGUGCUCAAGUAUUACGUCGCAAACUGGAGGCAAAGUUAGAAGUAGCAAACUUUGGCUUUGGGGGUGAGCAGCCACCGCACAAGAGAUUUCCAAUUAUAAAUGAUGAACUGCCAAACCGCAUAAUGACCGGCUCCAUUCAAGUCAAAGCAGACAUCGCCAAGGUGCAGGGGAGCACCAUCCAGUUAACAGAUGGCUCUAAACUAGAUUGCAUUGAUGCAAUUAUCUUUGGCACUGGAUAUAAGUUCAGCUUUCCAAUUUUGUCAGACACACUUCUACAUCCAAAAGACACGCAUCUCCCUCUCUUCAAGUAUGUGUUCCCACCAAUGUUAAAACCAGGCACUCUUGCAAUUAUUGGAGCAGUACGUGUGAAUGGUCCAGUUCCACCAAUUGCUGAGAUACAGUCCCGCUGGGCAGUGAGUGUUUUCACUGGGAAAUCAAGACUUCCUGAUAGUCAAACAAUGAUGGAUGACGUGGAGCUAAGACAGAAGACACUAGAAGCUAAUAAUGUAAGAUGCUGCCGUGCCUUUCAUUUGGUAAGAAAACAGUCUAUAAUGGCCUUCUUUUAACAUGCUGGGUUAGCUGUUGCGACUUCUGGGUCGAUCACUUAAUUAAAACAAAAGAAGUUACUUUUACAGUUUUUUCCAUUUUGAGCCCAAAGUUUGCAGGACGGUACAACUUUGUACUCCAAACAAUCGUAUGUGUCUGUCUUAGAGAGAAUUGACUGUUAAUAUAUGAUUAAAUUGCCAGUGAACACAACAAAAUGGAUUUGUUAGCUUGGACGUGGGCUAUUCUUUAUAUUUUGAAUUGAAUAUUUGAUUACAGGCCUGAAAAGCUAUUGGAACUUUUGAGAAAUGGGCCCGAGGCCCUCAUCAUAUUUUUUAGGCUAACAUGGCCCAGAAAAAUAUUUUUGAGGCUAGGUCUCCAACCUUUCUUUGGAUCUGGAAGCGUGGGCCCUUGCAGUUUAAGAUACCACUAGACUUAGUGUAGUUUUCUAUAAAGUUAAGUAUAAAAUGCCUUUCAUUUGACAAAUUUUACUCUUUUCAUUCACCUAAUUAAUUUUUUUCUUGAUUUUUACGUUACCCUUUAGUUCCCAACAAUAGUGUAGCUCUGUUGUAGGUAAACUCCAUUCCCAGGUUAAACCUGAAAUUAUUUUCUUUUUGCUCCCCUGAAUAAAGAUUUAGGGCUAGGAAAGAAGGGGAAUUCCAAAUCAAGUUAGAUUGUAACCUGAGAAAGGAAUUUACCCGCAACAGCACCACCAAUGUUUUAGUACAUAGACUUCAUUCAACCCACAACGCCUUGAUUCACUCUAACAAAGAACUAGCACUUGAUAGAGACAGGCCAUCAAAAAUGUGACUAUUCCAUAAUGUUUGAACUACGCCCCUCCAAUGGCUGAGUGUUUCAUUAUUUUGGUCAGACUGUUUAAUGUAAAACAUCAGUUACAGUUUGGGAUGCAUAAAAUUCUAUAGACAUUUUCCUUUUAAUGAUCAUUGUCAAAUUAUCAUUUGCCGACAGGUGAAUUUCAUCAGCUAUAUCGAUGAAAUUGCUUCCUUGAUUGGUGCAAAGCCAAAUCUUUGGCACCUUCUCACUACAGACCCACAGCUGGCCUUCAGAUGUUUCUUUGGUACAUGUAUACCUGCCCAAUACAGAUUAAUGGGCCCAGGGGCUUGGCUAGGAGCUAGGGACAUUAUCAUGGGGGUGCAGGAUAGUACACUUUUCCCACUGAAGACAAGAAAAAUAGACCCACAGGACGGAACUAAGAAAAUUAUGAGCCAGAAGGGCUCCAGCCUGUCAUGGAUGUUAGGCAUAUUUGUUGCACUCAUACUGUUUGUUUUGAUAUUCCUUUAAGGAGUAGCUGUAAUGUAGUGGACUGUGUGUAAACAUACAUAUUUACUCUUUAACCUUUUCACUCUUACUAAGAAUUUUAUUCAUUUCUGAAUGGAUUGAUUUCGUCAGUGGACUCAAAAAGUUUGAACUGUGACAGGUGUCUUUGUAUUUUAAUAUUUGUAAACUGAUGAAUUAUUAUUACAAAAAAAUUCUUGAGAACAUUUGUAUAGUUAAUAGCAUGAUUUGUAGUGAUAUUUGGCAUAAAUACCACGAAUGAUAUUUCAAAAUUGUUAUACGUAAUUUCACGAGCCGCUAGGCGAGUGAAAUU